GCCCAAUUCAUGUGUGCCCUAAUGUUGCCAAGGAAGCCCAUAAAAUCUGAUCAAACUAGGGAUAGCACUGCCGUUCUUUAAAACGUUCUCUGAGCUUUCUCUUCGCGUCCGGAAUCUCUGCGUCGAGCUGCAUCAACAUGGGUGCGUACUCAUAUGUUUCGGAGCUAUGGAGGAAGAAGCAAUCCGAUGUGAUGAGGUUCAUUCUGAGGAUUAGGUGCUGGGAGUACCGCCAGCUUCCUUCGAUUGUGCGCAUCAGGAGGCCUACUCGUCCCGACAAGGCUCGCCGCCUUGGCUACAAGGCCAAGCAGGGGUAUGUUAUCUACCGUGUGCGUGUGAGGCGUGGGGGGAGAAAGAGACUUGUGCCCAAGGGUAUUGUGUAUGGGAAACCCACAAAUCAGGGUGUUACUCAGCUGAAGUUUCAGCGAAGCAAGCGCUCAGUUGCAGAGGAACGUGCUGGCAGGAAACUUGGGGGCCUCAGGGUUCUCAACUCUUACUGGAUCAAUGAGGACUCGACAUACAAGUACUACGAGGUAAUCUUGGUUGAUGUUGCCCACAAUGCAAUCCGUAACGAUCCUCGGAUCAACUGGCUUGUCAACCCUGUCCACAAGCACAGAGAGCUCCGCGGACUGACCUCGGCUGGAAAGAAGAAUAGGGGUCUCAAUGGCAAGGGACACAGGUUUCACAAGGCACGACCCUCAAGAAGGGCCACCUGGAAGAGGAACCAGACUCUUUCCCUCCGUCGCUACCGCUAAGAUUAAUAAAUACUGUCUUGCAGCUGCUCUUGCUCUGCUUGUCCUAUGGGAUUUUUUCACUUAUUUGCAAGAACAUCCUCUGUUGUGUCGCCCCUCUUGUUGAAACUUGAAUUUGGCUUAUCCUUCAUCAAAGUUUUGGCGUUGUACUCUUUUCUUUUGAGAUACUUUCUGUUUGUUUCCAUUAUGCUGCUACUAGUAUUUGAAAUGGAUCUUCAUUAUCAUGAGCUAACUCCAGGUUUGAAUUUGGUUGAUUUAUUCACGUCCUCCAUUAUUACGAAGGUCCUCCAUAAUUUUUUGGUAAUAUCAGAAACAUCUUUAAUUAUAGUUGAAUCAAAUCAGACCAUAUCU